UGGCGUCUUCUAAAAUUUUGAAGUGAAGCUGAAGAAACCCCUCUUCCGCAUUGACGAUACCAGUAAAGCUCUAGAAAUCCUCUUCUUCUUCCCCAUCAACGAUACCAUGGACCUGAACUCAGGCGAUCUCAAUUCACCUCUUUCGACGGGGACCACCAUAAUCGGCGUUACCUACAACGGCGGCGUUGUCCUCGGCGCCGAUUCUCGCACCAGCACCGGAAUGUAUGUGGCAAAUAGGGCUUCUGAUAAGAUCACUCAGUUGACUGAUAAUGUCUACUUGUGCCGCUCCGGAUCGGCUGCAGAUACCCAAACUAUCUCAGACUAUGUUCGCUACUUUCUCCAUCAACACACGAUACAACUUGGGCAACCUACAACUGUUAAAGUUGCUGCAAACCUUGUCAGAUUGCUAGCCUAUAAUAACAAGAACAUGCUACAAGCUGGCCUCAUUGUGGGUGGAUGGGACAAAUAUGAAGGAGGUAAAAUAUAUGGAGUACCUCUUGGAGGUACAAUUAUUGAACAGCCUUUUGCUAUUGGAGGAUCGGGCUCUUCGUAUUUGUAUGGUUUUUUUGACCAAGCGUGGAAGGAAGGGAUGACCCAAGAAGAAGCUGAGCAAUUGGUGGUCAAAGCUGUUUCUCUUGCCAUUGCUCGAGAUGGUGCCAGUGGUGGUGUAGUUCGGACUGUGACUAUUAACUCCGAAGGAGUUGCUAGAAAGUUCUAUCCUGGUGACUCGCUUCCCCUUUGGCAUGAAGAAUUAGAGCCCCACGAGUCACUGCUGGAUAUUCUGUCAACAUCUAACCCUGAGCCAAUGGUUAGUUGAAAGAAGGUUGUCUCGUGUACUUUCAACUGGCAAUCCAGCAAAUCUAGCCACUUUACUGGAUGGAUAAACCUCUUAAUCAUUUUGAGUUUCGCAUGCAACUUUGAAGUCAAUAUCUUAUUUCCUAUUUAAUAUUAAAGCUUGAAGUCCUGUAGCUUGUUCAGAAUCUAAUUGCAGUCUUGUGUUCCCUCUUCGAUGUGUGGAUGGCUGAUACAUCUAGACCACCUUAGCAUGUGGUUGUUCUUUGGAAAUAUUUUAGCAUGUGGUCUAAUUAAAAAUGAAGGCUUUUGGGAAGAUUACUGUAC